AUGGCGCCCGCGGCGAUCGUAUCCCCCUCCCUUCUCGCCUCCGACUUCGCCCGCAUGGCGGAUGAGGCCAAGAAGGUCAUCGACGGCGGCGCGGACUGGCUCCACCUGGACAUCAUGGACGGACACUUCGUCCCGAACCUCACCUUCGGCGCCCCGGUGGUGAAGUGCCUCGCCAAGCACACCGACGCUUUCCUCGACUGCCACCUCAUGGUGACCAACCCCGGGGACUACGUCGAGCCCCUAAAGGAUGCCGGGGCGCACAUGUUCACCUUCCACAUCGAGGUCGACGAAGACGCCGCCGUGCUGUGCGAUAGGGCCCGCGCGGCGGGAAUGAAGGCUGGCGUGGCGCUCAAGCCCGGAACCCCCGCGGAGGCUGUCCACGCCAUCUGCGACGCGGGCAAGGUUGACAUGGUGCUCGUCAUGACGGUGGAGCCCGGGUUUGGCGGGCAGAAGUUCCAGCCGGAGAUGAUGCCCAAGGUCAAGGCGCUCCGCGAGAGGUACCCUCAGAUCGACAUCCAGGUGGACGGCGGCCUCGGACCCGCGACGAUCGAGGCGGCGGCGACGGCCGGGGCGAACGUCAUCGUCGCCGGGUCAAGCGUCUUCGGCUCCGACGACGUUCCAAAGGCAAUCGCCGUGCUCAAGGACGCGGUGACGGCAGCCGCGAAGUGA